UAUAUAUUGAAAGCUGUAUAUAAUGAGACGAACACAAAAUAUUUCUUUGUAUCAAUAACAGAAGAUUAGAAGAGUAUUCAUUUUUUCACCAAAAUGAUGUACAACGAUGAUGAGCCGAUUCUGAAACAGAAUACGCCAGAGGAAGAAGCAGAUAUUGAACUAGGUGAUGGACAGGCAGAGGCAAGAAUCAUCAAAAAGCAGGAAGCGCCAUUGGCGGAAAGCCCGUUUAAAGUGUUGCUGGAGGUCAACGGGGUAGGAUCUGAUGAGGGAAGAUUAGGCGUGGAUCUUGUGAUCAUCUUAGAUACCGGCGAUACCAUGGAGGGAUCCCCGAUAAAAAAGACGAAACUUGCCAUUCAGUUCUUGCUGCAGAAACUUAGCAAUGCAGAUCGUUUGUCUAUCGUCACUUUCAACAAGGAAGCUGACAAAUUGUGCCCAUUGCGCCAGAUAACUGAAAGUUCUCGCAUGGAGAUUGCAAAUCAGGUUAAUUCUUUAGAAGCCGACUCUAGCACAAACAUUUCUGCUGGCCUCAAAAUGGCCUUAAAAAUACUCAAUGACCGCACUUACACCAAAAGGCGUCUCGUUGCCAUCAUGCUUAUAUCUAAUGGAAUAGAAGAUGAUGAGAGUAAUGCUGCCAAUAUUCCUGUUGGUAAGGUGCCCAUACACACAUUCGGUCUUGGUAGUGACUGCGAUCAAGAGGUGCUGAGUAUCAUAGCUAAGAAAAGCAACGGAGGAACGUUUGCAUUGGUACCUGACUUGGUCCCUCUGAGUGCUGUGUUUUCCACAUCUUUGGCUGGCCUUUUCCAUGUGGUUGUGGAGGACCUAACUCUGGCUAUCACACCAGAAAAUGGUUCCAAAAUCACUGAGGUACAUACCGUAAAUUAUCAUCAACAGACGAAGGGUGUAGAGACCGACCCUGUUACUGUUGCAUUUGGGACAUUCUUCAAAAGAGAGACUUGCAGGGUCCUUCUGAAACUUGUUAUACCAAAGGUUGACAAGAGGUGUAACUCUAAAAUUUUCAAAAUACAUUACAAGUACAGGAUUGGUGGGGAGGAAACAUUUAUGUCCGACGAAAGAAUCAUAAAUGUGACCCGCGAUGCUAUCUCAGGGGAGGAUGAGAUUGAGGAGGUGCUAGCUGAGGAGAGACGUAUCAGAAGUACUUACAACAUACAGGGGAGUGGUUUUGCACUUGCCCUUGAGGCUUCUCAUGAAUCACAACGUUCCGUAGCUCUUCCAGCUGGUAUUCCAAGUGGUUAUGAUACUCCUCUUAUGGCCGAAUACAAGGAACAAGCUAAAUCUUAUACCUUGGAUCAGGAGAGUUAUGAAGUGCCCACGCCAGAGGAGGAUAAGGAUGUGGCGUCACCCAUACCAGAGGCACCCAAACAGGAGGGUUGGGGAUUUGGUAGGCUAAAGAAGGUAGUUGAUUUGGGCUACAACAUUGCUGCUGAUAAAUUAAAAGAACACGACCCACGGGCUGGGUUUAGCGGAAAAAAUAAAAGCUUUAAUUUGUCGGGUCACCCAACGAUCUGAUCUGGUAGAUUGCACUGGCACCUUAUUCAUGGACUUCAGUACUUUUUUAGCUCUCGCUCUCUAUAAUGUAUUGGUAGUACAUGCUGAUCAUGUACUUCAUAAUCAUGUUUUUAUGUUCUUAUUUCUGUUGAAUUGUUUUUAUGCUUUCUCUCUUUCCCAAGUUGGUUUUAAUGUUACACGAGAAUAAAUACUACAAGAGUUUGCGUUGUUGUGUAAAA